AAGGGUCCAUUCCUCGGGGAGAGAGGGCUGAGUUUUGUGCGCCUCCGUCCGCUGCGCGCGCCGCUCCAGGCCCCGCCGCGCCCCGCCUGCGCCCGGGACUGCGCCGCGGCACUCACUGCCCCGUUUAUUUGUCUUUGGAGCAGGCGGGCCGCGCCAGAAGCGGGCGAUCCCGCAGUGUCCUGCAGCCGCGGACGCCGCCUGGCUAGGAUGACACCACGUUGAGCGCGCCUGCAAACAACAACAACAACAACAACCGCCGCCGCGGCCACCGCGUCCUGCUCCUCCGAAGCGCCGCCGCCGCCGGUGUAGCCGCCGGUGUAGCCGCCUCCGCGCCCCCCCGGCCGUCCGGAGCGCCCCGGCCGCUGGUGUAUGUGGCGCCUGCCCGGGACGGGCUGAAGCCGGCGGCGGGGCCGGACCGCAGGCGCCGAGCAGGGCGAGCGCGGCCAGGGUAGCCGCCUGCCGCCGAGCCCCGAGCGCCGCUGCUCGCGGAAGCGCUUUCGGCCGGGAGCUGCGGCCGCCGCCAGCAGUUUUCAUGUUUGGGAUUCAGGAGAAUAUUCCGCGCGGGGGGACGACCAUGAAGGAGGAGCCGCUGGGCAGCGGCAUGAACCCGGUGCGCUCGUGGAUGCACACGGCGGGGGUGGUGGACGCCAACACGGCCGCGCAGAGCGGCGUGGGGCUGGCGCGGGCGCACUUCGAGAAGCAGCCGCCCUCCAACCUCCGGAAGUCCAAUUUCUUCCACUUCGUGCUGGCGCUCUACGACAGGCAGGGGCAGCCGGUGGAGAUCGAAAGGACCGCUUUUGUGGACUUCGUGGAGAAAGAGAAAGAGCCCAACAACGAGAAAACCAACAACGGCAUCCACUAUAAACUGCAGUUGCUGUAUAGCAACGGAGUCAGAACGGAGCAGGACCUGUAUGUGCGCCUCAUAGAUUCAAUGACCAAACAGGCCAUCGUGUACGAGGGCCAGGACAAGAACCCGGAGAUGUGUCGCGUGCUGCUGACCCACGAGAUCAUGUGCAGCCGGUGCUGUGACAAGAAAAGUUGUGGCAACAGAAACGAAACGCCCUCAGACCCUGUAAUCAUUGACAGAUUCUUUCUAAAGUUUUUCCUCAAGUGCAAUCAGAACUGUUUGAAGAAUGCAGGCAACCCUCGAGAUAUGCGGAGAUUCCAGGUUGUUGUGUCGACAACAGUCAACGUGGACGGCCACGUGCUGGCCGUGUCUGACAACAUGUUUGUGCACAACAACUCCAAACACGGGCGGCGGGCCCGCCGUCUAGACCCGUCAGAAGGUACGGCCCCUUCUUAUCUGGAAAAUGCCACUCCGUGCAUCAAGGCCAUCAGCCCCAGUGAAGGCUGGACCACGGGGGGAGCCACCGUGAUCAUAAUCGGAGACAAUUUCUUCGACGGCCUGCAAGUCGUGUUCGGAACCAUGUUGGUGUGGAGCGAGCUCAUCACCCCCCAUGCCAUCCGCGUGCAGACCCCACCGCGGCACAUUCCUGGAGUCGUUGAAGUGACCCUGUCCUACAAAUCCAAGCAGUUCUGUAAAGGUGCUCCUGGGCGGUUUGUCUACACCGCCCUUAAUGAACCAACCAUAGAUUACGGCUUUCAGAGGUUGCAGAAAGUGAUCCCGAGACAUCCGGGUGAUCCCGAAAGGUUACCCAAGGAAGUAUUACUCAAGAGGGCGGCGGAUCUUGUGGAAGCCUUAUACGGGAUGCCCCACAACAACCAGGAGAUCAUCCUGAAGCGGGCAGCGGACAUCGCCGAGGCGCUUUACAGCGUCCCCCGCAAUCACAACCAGAUCCCCACCCUGGGCAACACUCCCGCGCACACGGGCAUGAUGGGCGUGAACUCCUUCAGCAGCCAGCUAGCCGUUAACGUCUCGGAGACGUCGCAAGCCAAUGACCAAGUCGGCUACAGUCGCAAUACAAGCAGCGUGUCCCCGCGAGGCUACGUCCCCAGCAGUACUCCCCAGCAGUCCAAUUACAACACAGUCAGCACUAGCAUGAAUGGAUAUGGAAGUGGCGCCAUGGCCAAUCUAGGGGUCCCGGGCUCGCCUGGAUUUCUUAAUGGCUCCUCCGCUAACUCUCCCUACGGCAUGCCGUCCAGCCCCACCGUGGCAGCCUCUUCGGUCACCCUCCCUUCAAACUGUAGCGGUACCCACGGCAUUUUCUCAUUCUCACCUGCCAAUGUCAUCUCUGCAGUGAAACAAAAGAGCGCCUUCGCGCCCGUGGUCCGGCCCCAAGCUUCUCCUCCUCCCUCCUGCACCAGCGCCAACGGGAACGGACUCCAAGGCUCUCUGCUGGGUGCUGAGGACGCUACCGUGGAGAAGACAAACUGGCCCUUUUGUGAAGUCGGUGGCAUAUUUCACUUUGAUGAACUAAUGCUCAAAAAAGGAACUGGAAAGCUAUGUCUGGGCUGGUAGUCCCGCCGAUGUGAGGGGCUCGCUCCCCCCUCCGCAGCACCCGGCACCACGACGGACUUCAGGGGACACGUUUAGCGUAGGGGGCCUGCUGCUGGAGACCGUGAUCUUCAAGCUGUCAGCAGCCGCGGAGACGCUACAAAAGACUUUGUUUAAAGAUUUUAUUUAAACUAUUAAGAAGCAACAUGCAAACAGCCUACUUCUUCAUGAACAAUUCCAUUUUAUUGACUGAACUUUUCUCAUAUUUUCACAUUUCUCAGAUCUGAAGACUAAGGAAAACAAAGUGACGCCUAUUUUGUAUAAAGUUUCUGACUCCGUCUUGGCUAUGUCUAGUACUUGCUAUGUGUUGGGAGAAACUUUGUGAAUGCACCAUUUUGAUUAUCAUGAAACACUGAUGAAAAAUGCCUCCAACCAUUUUUCUGUGCUCAUACUUAGAUUCACAAUGGUUGUGUAUCUCUAUAAUGUGAAAUAUUUUUUUGUGGUGAAAAAAAAAAAAAAAAAGGGGGCCAAGGAGGCGUGAGCCAUCGAACUGGAAGGAAGGAGGACUUGAAUUCGGGUGGCAGGGAGGGAGGGAGGGUUUAUCAUUGCUUACCUUCAUCUUAAUGAAAUGAAACUUUGUAACUUAUUGUAGUUAGAAAUUGUAACUUUGAUAUUGAAUUCUCUUGCCUUCAACAAGCACACUGACAGAAAAAAAAAAAUGCUACUGUCUGUUGGUUGAAAUCUUCUCCCACCGCUAGAACUUCCUGUUAAGCAAGUGUGAUCUGCAACAUUUUUUCAACUUUUGCUAGCACUGUAUACUAUUGCAUUCUUAGGCUACUGUGAGGUCCAUGUUUCUUGUACCAGAAGUUGUCCUUUUGACUUCUAGCUCCUUCUUCCCUAAUGUGUUUUGUAUGUGGUUAUAAAAUUGUAGACUUUUGUGAUUUUGCCAAAGUUGUAGCUAAAUAUUUAUACACUUGUCUUGAAUUUUUUUCAGAUCCACUUAAAUAUUUAGAAAAAACACGUUUUCUUCCUUAUGUGUCUCAUAAGGAAUAAAAUGGUCUCCAUUCAACACUUUUCCAUGAACACUUACAGUUGCUAAGGGACUUUCUUUUGUAACAUAUCGAUUAUAAAUAUUGUAUUUAUCUUUGAGAUUUUGUACAUUGCUUUUACCGCCAUUUUCUUUUUCCUGUCUGUAUCGGUUUUUGAUCAUGGCCCGGUGUUAGGAACACCGUUAAGCCAAGAGCUGUCUCUCUGAUCUGCUUUGUUAAAGUGAACCGGUGUCCUGGAAUUUCAUUUGUACUUCAAAGAUUUGCUUUUCUUUAGACUUCCCAUCCUUUUUUUUUUUUUUUUCUUUCUUCUUUUUUAUUUUGAGGAAAAGUCAAAUUCAUUGUUUAUUUUUAUAUUAUUUUUAAGUUAUCUGAACAAAUACUUUUGAAAACAAAGGUUGUUGUAUAGUCAACACAAAAACGGUGCCACUCGGCUGUGAAAAUCCUAGUAGAUUUCGUGCAUGUGGAACAGCCGUGAAGAGGGGACACCGUUUGGGGCUGUGUCCUUAUUUUUCUGUAGAAUGUAAAAAGUCAUUUUAGCUGCCACCCACGACUUUGCCACAUAGCUGAACUGUGUUUACUGGAAAAAUUCAGAGGCCUAAAGUUUAAAAUAAAAUUUACUUCUGAUGUUUUAAUUAAAAUGUUUGCCACAUUAA